CGGCAGAGCGGAGAAAGUAAGAAAGAAGGCCAUGUUUACACAGCCAGCUUUAGAGAGAAUCUGGCAUGAGGAACCUUACAGCCUGAACCUGGAAGAGGAGGAUGGUUACUAUGAGGACCUGUACCCUGACCCCCUGGAGCUCAAAAGUGACGACUCCUCCAUCGACCUCUCCAUGGCCAGCUCCGAGUCUGAGGAGGAAGAGGAGAACUUGGCCGGUAUCAUGAGUCAACUUCAGGAGGAGGAAGAAAUGGAGUUUGACUUACUUAGGUCCCAGACUUUACUAGAAAAUCCAGUGUCAGCUGACCACUCCACCGCUAGUGGAAGCCGCCCCGGGACUGCCCUACAGAGCACCACUAAUCGACCACAGAGUGGCACCACCAGACAGGAGGGUGGUUCUGAUGAUCCCCGACCCUCCUCAGGCUCAUCCCGUCCAGAGUCCAGACCAUCGUCUGGGUCAAGGCCACAUUCAGCUAUUUUGGGACCAGGUCUGAGACAAACUUCCGGGACCUCACCCAGGGGGUCUAGACCAUCCUCAGGAGCAUCCACUCAUAGCAAGCAUUCCAUCCAAAGCAAGCACUCUGUCCAUAGCAAGCAUUCCGUCCAAAGCAAGCAGUCGUCCCACAGCAAAUGGUCAGCCAACAGCAAGUGGUCAACAUCUGAGCCAAACAAAGAGGGAGAAGGUUAUAUUAACUCAGGAUUUGAAGAGGAGAAACCAUCAACUCAUGAGAAACCUAGAAAAGGAGAAGUUCCGUCCAUGAAGAAGUUUGGGGAUGCUAAGAUUGUAGCAGGAAGACUGAGGAAAAAGAGAACCCGAAAAAGAGAUUCCGAAGCCUAGAGACUAGCUGACAAAGUGGGAACAGCAUCCAGACUGUGAAAUGUGGCUGGUCCACAUAAUAUAAUACUGUAGAAAAUUAUCCCUUUUUUCUCAUAAUUUUAUUAUAUUUUGAAUUUUUAUAUUUUAUUUGAAUUCCGUCCAAUUUCUUGUUUUUCUUUUUGCAUUACUUUUUAGAUUUUUUUCAAGAAAGUUUUUAUAUUAUAUAGAUUUAACCAACUUCAUUUGUUUUUCAUAUGUUUGUUAAUACUUAUAUCCAAUUUAUAACCUCUGAUUUUGUGCAAUGAGAAUGACCAGAUCUGUGAUAUAACUUAAUAUGAUUUCGCUAGGUAGGAAAAACCAGGAACUGUAAUACAUGUAUAAGCAACUUUAUAUCUUUACAAAUAUGCACCAACCUACAAUCAAAGCAUACCAAUAGUAAUUAUCAUAUGUUAUAUAUUUAAUGUACUCUAUUAUAUUUAU